UUUACGGCCUUUUUGGUACACAGUUGACCUUAGACACUGUGUACAUACGGUUUGCCUGAAAUAUGGGGAGUUAAAAGCAGUGGUUUUUUUUAAUUUAAAUUAAUGGGACGUUAUGCUUGCAGUUGUGACGACGGUGCAAUACGAAAAACAUGGCCAGUACCGUGGUGGCAGUAGGAGUGGCGCUGGCUGCCGCCGGAUUUGCGGGACGAUAUGCUCUCCAGGCAAUGAAACAGAUGGAGCCACAAGUGAAACAAGCCCUUCACCAGCUCCCUCAAUCUGCCUUCGGUUCCGGUUACUACAGGGGAGGAUUUGAGCCCAAGAUGACGAGACGGGAAGCUGCCCUCGUUUUGGGGGUCAGCCCCACAGCUAAUAAAAGCAAGAUUCGAGAAGCUCACAGAAAACUGAUGAUCCUGAACCAUCCAGACAGAGGUGGCUCUCCGUACUUGGCCGCAAAGAUAAACGAAGCUAAAGAUCUCCUCGAGGGACAGGCCAAGAAGUGAGGGAGCAUCACAUUCUGAGCAGAAGUUGACCUGAAGCGAUGUGUGCUGUUUUUUUUAUUUACAGCUUGAGGAAAGUAUUCCAGCAGCACUUUAUCACUUGUUAAAUGUGCAAAAAACAAGCGAAAGAGGGCAGUUUUGCUGCACUAAUCAAGUGCUAUUGGACUGAAUGGGUAAUACUUCAAUAAAAUGCUGGGUCACCUGCCA